GAUGAUGCAUCAUCCAGCAUGCAUUUGAGCCAUUGCAUUCUUGCAAAUGGCAUUAACUUAUAUCAUACUUUCUCUUCCCCAGUUUGUUGCCAGUCCUCUUUGCUGCCCAAGCAGGGCAAGCAUUCUGACGGGCAAGUAUCCUCAUAACCACCAUGUUGUCAACAACACACUGGAGGGUAACCGUAGCAUUAAGGGGUAGCAGAACACACAAGAGCCCAAUGCCUUCCCCGCCUUUCUUCAGAAACACGGCAGCUAUCAGACCUUUUUUGCUGGGAAAUAUCUCAAUGAGUACGGCAGCACAAAGGCUGGAGGAGUGGAGCAUGUUCCUCCAGGCUGGGAUCACUGGUUUGCAUUGGAAAGAAACUCAAAGUACUACAACUACACGCUCUCUGUGAACGGCAGGGCACAGCAACAUGGGCAGAACUACAGUGAGGAUUACCUUACGGACGUUCUGGCCAAUAUUUCCUUAGACUUCCUGGAAAACAAGUCAAACCGCUGGACGUUUUUCAUGAUGGUGUCCACCCCGGCUCCUCACUCACCCUGGACGGCCGACCCUCAGUAUGACAGCAUUAUCCCCAAUGUCAAAGCCCCAAGGGACCCCAACUUUAACAUACACAGCAAGGACAAGCACUGGCUCAUCCGGCGCCAAGACCCCAUGACAAACUCUUCAGUGGAGUUCUUGGAUAAUGCCUAUAGAAAAAGGUGGUGCACAUUGCUCUCAGUAGAUGACCUGGUGGAGAAAGUGGUGAGAAAGUUGCAUUUCAGAGGAGAGCCUAGCAACACCUAUGUCAUUUUUACCUCAGACAAUGGUUACCACACAGGUCAGUUUUCUCUCCCCACGGAUAAGAGGCAACUCUACGAAUUUGAUAUCAGAGUUCCUCUCCUGGUGCGAGGGCCAAAUAUCAAACUGAACCAGACUUUACUGUUACUCAUAGCAAAUGUUGAUUUGGGUCCAACGAUUCUGGACAUAGCAGGCUAUAACGUCAAUGAACCUCAGAUGGAUGGGAUGUCAUUUCUUCCUAUCAUGUUCGGUAAAGCAAACAGCAGCACAUGGAGAUCUGAUGUUCUUGUAGAGUAUGAGGGAGAAGGAAACGACAUCUCAGAUCCGGCCUGCCCUUUACUGGGUGCAGGGGUUUCGGAGGGUUUUACUGACUGGUGUGAGGACUCGUAAAACAACACGUACGCCUGUGUUCGCACAGUAUCACAGGCUGCCAACUUGCAGUAUUGUGAAUUCGAUGAUAAUGAGUUUUGUCGAGGUGGCUUGCUCUUAAUUUUACACAGGCAUUCCACAAAGAUGAAUGCUUAUAACACAGCAAACCUUCAACGGGACAAUCCC